UCCUGUCUUUCAUGGGAAUCCCUUUAUGCGUAGGCUACAUAAGGUUCAUUCUUUGUUUAGCAACGAAGAAACCAAGAGUUGGAUUACCGUGAUAUUGAAUCAUAUUCAAGGAAUAUAAGUGCUAAAGGUAUCGCCGUUUGGAAGAUGGGGGACAAAAGAUUAUUGUCGCAUGGAAUUCUUUACCGCUUGGCUUUUUUGUUUCAGACGAUGAGCAUUGUGAACGGAGAUUUUAGUUUUUCUAUUCCAGAGGAUAUUAAACACGGAUAUGUGAUCGGAAAUAUAGCUAAGGAUCUUGGCCUUGAUAUCAGCAGACUAUCAUACCGAAAGGCCCGAGUGGAUUGGGAUGGAAAUCGCAAAAAAUAUUUUGAGAUUGAUCCGACCACUGCGAAUUUAAUCACAUCGCAGGGAAUGGAUCGAGAAAGUCUUUGUGGAAAGAAAGCGUCUUGCAUCCUUAAGGUGGACCUCGUUUUGGAGAAUCCUUUAGAGCUUCAGCAUUUAACGAUACAAAUUAUGGAUGUAAAUGACAACGCACCACACUUUAAAUCGGAUACGAUCGAAUUAGACAUAUGGGAGUCCGCAGAGAAAGGGACGCGUUUCUCUAUCGAAGAGGCCCGCGACGCAGAUAUUGGUCAGAACUCGGUUCAAAGGUACAAUCUACAAAAGAAUGAGCAUUUUUCUCUAGCUGUUGAAAACCACCAAGUCGAACUUGUACUUGAGGAAAGACUUGACAGAGAGAAAGAGAAAGAAAUUAGCAUUAUUCUCACGGCUCUGGAUGGGGGUUCUCCUCAGAGAUCAGGUACAGUAGUUAUACACGUCACUGUGUUGGACGCUAACGAUAACGCCCCGGUGUUUAGUCAGGCCGUUUAUAGAACCAGUCUGCUUGAAAACUCUCCUUUAGACUCCGGAAUAAUCACAGUGAUUGCUACUGAUGCGGAUGAAGGAAUAAACGGUGAAAUAACGUAUGAUUUUGGUAAUGUUUUGGAGGAAGAUGAAAAAAUAUUUUCAAUGAAUUAUAAAACAGGCGAAAUAACACUGAUUGGCGCACCUGAUUUUGAGGAAGUCAGCUCUUAUGAAUUAGGAAUUAAAGCUAAAGAUGGUUUAGGGCUAACCUCAUAUUCCAAAGUCAUUGUAGAUAUUAUUGAUUUUAAUGACAACAGUCCAAUGAUAUUUAUUAAGUCUCUCACUAACCCAAUACCUGAGAAUAUUCCAGAUGGCACAGAGGUGGGAAUUGUUAAUGUUCAAGAUAGGGACUCUGAGGGGAACGGGCAGGUCCAGUGCUCCAUUCCACAGGACGUACCGUUUAAAUUGAUCCCCUCCAUCAAAAACUAUUUUUCACUUGUGACAGCGGGCCAACUAGACCGUGAAAUAGUAAGGGAUUACAAUGUAACCAUCACAGCGACUGAUGGGGGCUCUCCACCUCGAUCUACCGCUGAAGUGGUUCCGCUAUCUGUGGCAGACAUCAAUGACAACCCUCCUGCAUUCCAGGAACAGUCGUACACAGCCACCAUGACUGAAAAUAACAAACCUGGCUCAAGUUUGUCAUCCGUCGAGGCCCGAGACCCAGACUGGAGACAAAACGGCACCGUUACCUAUUCUAUUCUACCUGGCAACGUCAACGGUGCCCCGGUGUCUUCCUAUUUUUCCGUUAGCGGAGACACCGGGGUCAUCCACGCUGUGAGGGCGUUUGAUUACGAACAGUUUAGGAGCUUUAAGGUCCAGGUGAUGGCCAGAGACAACGGUUCUCCUCCACUCAGCAGCAACGUGACUGUGAGUGUCCUCAUAACGGAUGUAAAUGACAACACUCCUCAGAUCCUUUACCCCACCCCAGAGGGAAACUCCUUCAUGACUGAACUGGUACCGAAAGCUGCACAAGGUGGUUCUCUGGUUUCCAAGGUAAUAGCAGUUGAUGGGGACUCUGGACAGAACGCCUGGCUGUCCUAUCAUAUCAUUAAGUCCACUGAUCCGGGACUAUUUGUUAUCGGUCUGCACAGUGGUGAAAUCAGAACAAAGCGAGACAUUGCAGAAUCUGACAACACAAAACAGAAUCUCGUUAUCGCAGUGAAAGAUAACGGCCAGCCAACUUUAUCAGCCACCUGUGCGGUGCAUUUACUAAUUUCCGAUAAUUUAGCGGACGUCUCAGAAAUGAAAGAGACAUCUUCUGAGGUCAACGGCUUCAAACUGACGUCCUAUCUGAUCAUCGCCCUGGUGUCUGUCUCCACCUUCUUCAUCACCUUCAUCGUGGUGGUGCUGGGCGUAAGGUUCUGUCGGAGAAGGAAGCCCCGUCUGUUGUUUGAUGGAGCGGUCACCAUCCCCGGAGCCUAUCUGCCACCACACUGCGCGGAGCUGGACGGCACGGGAACCUUAAGGAGCACGUGCAACUACGACACCUACCUGACGACGGGAUCCAGAACCAGCGACUUCAAGUUCGCCCAUUCUUAUAACGACUGUACCCUCCCCGCUGACCACACUUUGAAAAAAGUUUCAGCAGAUUUUACCGAGGCGUUUCAAGACAACGAGGAAAUCUGUGAGAGAUCAGGUACUGUAGCCAUCCACGUCACGGUGCUGGAUGCUAAUGACAACACCCCGGUGUUUAGUCAGGCCGCGUAUAAAGCCAGUAUUCCAGAAAACGCUCCUUUAGACACUAUAGUAGUUGUAGUUCGUGCUUCUGAUGCAGAUGAAGGGGUUAAUGGUGAGGUGACAUACGGCCUGGAUCACAUCUCAGAUAGCGGUAAUGUGUUUUCUCUAGAUUCAAAAAGCGGCGAGGUGAGAGUUAUUGGGUCUAUAGAUUAUGAAGAAGAGUCAUCAUAUGAAAUUCAAAUCAGCGCAAAAGAUGGCCUUGGAUUGGCCUCGUACUCCACGUUGAUGAUCGAUGUGACUGACGUCAACGACAACGCGCCUGAGAUCUAUCUGAAAUCUCUGACCAACCCAAUUGCAGAGGACGUCCUCCCCGGUACCGAGGUGGGAAUAAUUAACGUCCACGACGAAGACUCAGACAGUAACCGACAAGUGCGCUGCUCGAUUGAGCAAAACGUACCCUUCAAAAUGAUACCAUCCAUUAAAAACUAUUAUUCUCUCGUAACUACCGACCAACUGGACCGGGAGCUGGUCACCAACUACACUGUUACAGUCUUCGCCACGGACGAGGGCUCGCCCCCAAUGACGUCCACCAAGACAUUUCAGCUUUCUGUAGCGGACGUUAACGACAACCCGCCGGUGUUCGCUGAGCAAGCAUACAAGGCCUACGUUUCAGAAAAUAACAAACGUGGCUCUACCCUAUGUUCGGUGACAGCUCAAGACCCAGACUGGAGACAAAACGGAACUGUCUUUUUUUCUCUUUUACCUGGUGCAAUCCACGGUGCCCCAGUUUCUUCGUUUUUGUCCAUUAUCGGAGACACCGGCGUAAUACAAGUUGUUAAAUCGUUUGAUUAUGAACAGUUCAGGAGUUUUACGUUCGGUGUGCAUGCCAGGGACAACGGAUCCCCUCCGCUCAGUAGCAACGUGACUGUCAGCGUUUUUAUCACGGAUCGAAAUGACAACACUCCUCAAAUCCUGUAUCCCGCCUCAGAGGGGAACUCUUUCUUGACUGAACUGGUUCCCAAAUCUUCACACGGAGGUGCGUUGGUUUCCAAGGUGAUAGCGGUUGAUGGGGACUCUGGACAGAACGCCUGGCUGUCCUAUAAGAUCAUUAAGUCCACUGAUCCGGGACUUUUCAAAAUCGAUCUGCACAGUGGGGAGAUCAGGACCCAGCGAGACAUUUCCGAGACUGAUAACAUGAAACACAAUCUUAUUGUGGCAGUGACAGAUAACGGACAGCCCACCCUUUCUAUCACAUGUACCAUCUAUCUACUGAUUUCUGAUAAUCUCUCUGAGGUUCCGGAGCUGAAAGACUUGUCCUAUGACGACAACAAUUCUCAACUGACAUUCUAUCUGAUAAUCGCUCUGGUGCUGGUCUCCAUGCUUUUACUGACUUUCAUUAUAAUUAUCCUGGGUGUUCGUUUCUGUCACAAGACGAAGCCACGGAUGAUUUUUGACGGCGCAGUUGCAAUUCCCGGCGCAUAUCUCCCAAGUUACGCAGAGGGUGACGGAACAGAGACAAUGCGGAGCGCCUACAACUAUGACGGUUAUCUUACUACAGGGUCUCGAACCAGUGAUUUUAAAUUCGUCACAUCCUACAACGACGCCACGCUGCCUGCCGACCUGACACUGAGGAAAACUGAUUUUGGAGAUAUGUUUGGAGAUUCAGAAGGGUCACCAGAGGUAGGAAAACCACCCGCACUUCAGUAG